CUUAUCCUUGAUAAAGGCACAUACGAUGCCAUCGCGCUGAUGGAGAAGGAUGAGAAUGGAGGGAUCCCAGCAGAAGGUUAUCCGAUGCGUAUCGCGAAGCUCUUGAACCUAGAGGCAUUUUCUAAUUACAUGUGCGUAUCUUGUAACUUUACCAAAGUGGAGUUACAAUCAAGGUUCAUUACCGAAGAAACCGGCCUGCAGUACCAUUCUCGUAUAGAGUACCCAGCUAUUUCAUUCGGCGGGAGCAUCGGGAGUGCAUGUUCUGGUGUGGCAUUUACGAAAUUUGCGUAA